AUGCCGUGUUUAAUGAGUAACCUCGAUAUCAUGAAGGAGGCUGAUGCCUUCCCUUACCUAGAAAAGGAGCCUGAAGCAUACAAGGCUCUUACUGACACUCUAUACACUCUGGUUUGGAAGGAUGGGCAGCCUCUUGGCUAUAUGCUUGAUUCCGUUGUUACACAGCUCCUCGCCACACCGGAAGAAAUCCGCGGUCCCGUAACUGUGGAUGAGGCCAAACGCACGGUGCGUGCUUUCGAGCUGCCGACGGAAGCCGAAAGAACUGCGCUUGUGGCUCGCUUAAUGCAGUAUUGGCGGGAAAAUCGUACAUAUGAUAUAUUAAGGGGCUGGCGGAACGAACUGUGGCCAGUUUAUGGCAGCAAUGACGAGGUCCUAUACAGCGCUGAGCGCAGUGGAACAGGCCUGCUAGGAAUCAUGCGUUACGGGGUGCAUAUGACAGCCUUCGUCAAGGACGACACAGCGAGCCACGGCAUGAAGAUAUUAGUGGCUCAACGGGCAGCUAACAAGUCUACGUAUCCUAGCAUGCUGGACAACUCUGUCGCGGGUGGUCUUAUGACUGGGGAAGAUCCCUUCGAAUGUAUAAUUCGAGAAGCGGACGAGGAAGCCGAUCUGCCCGAAACGCUCAUGCACGAGCGAGCCAAAUUUACCGGCAUGGUCACGUACAUCUACAUUACAGACGAACGAGCAGGCGGUGAGGCUGGUCAGAUUUAUCCCGAGACCCAGUGGGUCUACGAUAUCGAGCUACCUGCAGAUUUUGUCCCUACACCCAAGGAUGGCGAGGUGGCAGGCUUUUACUUGUGGACAGUCGAAGAGGUGCAAGAGAAACUUGCUCAAGGGGAGUUCAAGCCUAACUGUGCUCUCAUCCUAGUCGAUUUCUUCAUCCGCCACAAGAUCCUGACACCAGAGAACGAACCCAACUAUGACGAGAUAGUGAGCCGGUUACAUCGCAAACUACCUUUCCCAGGCCCCCAUCAAGUUGGUCCAUCGACCACAUAA